AUGCAACCGGGGGUUAAUAUCCAACAAGUUCAACAAUUUGCAACAUGGUUGGCUGAUAUUGGUGAUGGCAAAGUCGGAGGACCCAACGAUGGUUAUGCAAAUGUGCAAAUCCCCUCUGAGAUGUUAUUGCCAUCAACAGGUGAAAAUAUAUCAACAAUUGUUGAUACCAUAUUUCCAUUGUUCAAGGAAAGGGGAUGCGAUGAAGAGUACAUGAAAAGCCGUGCCAUACUAGCUCCAACACUUGAUGUCGUCAAUGCCAUCAAUGAAUAUAUGAGUGACUUGCAUAUUGCUGAGAGCAAGACUUACCUAAGUUGUGACAUGGUAUGUAAAUCAGAUUCAAGUAAUGGUGUACUUUCUGAUAUGCAUACUCUUGAAUUUCUAAAUGGUCUGAAAGCCUCUGGCAUACCAAAUCAUGCAUUAACGUUAAAGGUUGGAUCACCAAUAAUGCUCUUGAGGAACAUAGAUCACGCACUUGGACUUUGUAAUGGAACAAGACUGAUGAUUACAAGGUUAUCUAAUCAUGUUGUUGAAGCAAAGAUUGUAACUUGGAACAAUGCCGGUGAGAUUGUUUUGAUACCAAGAAUGUCAAUGACACCGACUGAUAUAAGGUUACCAUUUAAAUUCCAAAGAAGAAAAUUCCCUAUAAUGUUGUCCUAUGCAAUGACUAUAAACAAAAGUCAAGGUCAAACAUUUUCACAUGUAGGGUUACUUUUAAGGAAGCCAGUGUUUGUCCACGGUCAACUUUACGUUGCUGCUUCAAGGAUUAGUAACCCAAAAGGUUUGAAAAUCUUGAUAGCCAAUGAAGGGGCAGAUAGUAAUAAUCACACUACUAAUGUUGUAUACCAUGAAGUGUUUAAUAAUUUGUAA